AUGUCUGAUCCAAGCUCUAUCAAUGGUGGUAUUGUCGUCGCUAUGACCGGCAAAGACUGUGUGGCAAUUGCAUGCGAUCUGCGACUAGGAAGCCAGUCGCUAGGUGUGGCCAAUAACUUCGAAAAGAUCUUCCAUUAUGGCCAUGUAUUUCUAGGCUUGACGGGACUCGCCACAGAUGUAACAACUUUAUCAGAAACGUUCCGGUACAAGACAAAUCUUUACAAACUCAAGGAAGACCGUCUCAUAGAGCCUGACACCUUCACACAAUUGGUAUCUAGCUCACUAUACGAGAAAAGAUUCGGACCAUACUUUACUGGCCCUGUUGUGGCCGGCAUCAACUCCAGAACAGGCAAACCGUACAUCGCAGGGUUUGAUCUAAUCGGCUGCAUUGACGAGGCGAAAGACUUCGUGGUUAGCGGAACUGCUUCAGAUCAGCUAUUUGGUAUGUGCGAGUCGCUUUACGAGCCCAAUCUCGAAGCUGAGGAUCUUUUCGAGACUAUAAGUCAAGCCUUGCUCAAUGCUGCGGACCGUGACGCUCUAUCUGGUUGGGGUGCUGCAGUCUACAUAAUAAAGAAAGACAAGGUAAUCAAGCGGUAUUUGAAAACCAGACAAGACUGA